AUGAAGUUCACCUUGGCAACAGCAGUUGUAGCGCUGGCAGGUGUUGCAGCAGCAGCAGAGAGUCUGCCCGAUAAGCUCCAGGUGGGCGUCAAGUUCCGCCCCGAGGUGUGCGACGACAAGUCGCAAGCAGGCGACUUGCUCGCCAUGCACUACACCGGAACCCUCGCGGAUGGCACCAAGUUCGACUCGUCGCUCGACCGCGGUCAGCCGUUCGAGUUCACACUGGGAACGGGCCAGGUCAUCAAGGGCUGGGACAAGGGGCUGCGCGACAUGUGCGUGGGCGAGAAGCGAAAGCUCAAGAUCCCGCCCUCGGACGGAUACGGCGCGCGCGGCGCGGGCGGUGCAAUCCCGCCCAACGCCCAUCUCAUCUUCGAGGUCGAGUUGCUCGAGAUCAAGGGACCUCGUGCGGCCGCUCGCAAGGCUGCCCAUUCGGAUCUGUAA